AUGGAGUCUUCGUGUACCCGUUUCACAGCAGCAGAGGGUGGAGCAAGGUUAGCGGCAGUCGCCGGUACAAAGAAUAUCCUUGUCACAGAACACACGUCCUUCAUAUCCACUAGUGUUCUGAUCGAACAUGCGUACAAGAUACGAGGAUUACUGUCAGCGGGUCGCCAGCGCUCCGUGUACAUCACAAGGGCGUCUCGUAUCAAAUGUACGGCUCACGAGCUCACUAUACUCACAGACCUCUCCGUGGUGAAGGCACAUGAGUAUGGCGAGGUUGAAGAUUGGGAAAAUGAAUUGGAGCAUAAAGAGGUACUCGUGUGUACGUCAGAAGUCAUCAGAACCAUACUGGAAAAGGGUCUUUUGAGUAUAGCGAACAUGAACGUCUUGAUCAUAGACAGCUGUCACUUGAUAUUCAAGGAUCAAAAUUUACAACAUGUGAUGAAGUUAUACAAGGCCAGUGAUGACAGCCAACGUCCAAGGAUACUAGCUCUAACGUACCCACUCUUCACCGCUCCCACAUCAAACGAACAGACGGACACGGAUAAAGAAAUAGAUGUGAACGUUAAGAAGGAUUUUGAUGAUAACGAAAAUUUGGACGAUUUUGAUAUGUACGAGAAGUUGGAAUGGAAGAUUGUUGAAUUGGAGGAGGCCCUUUGCUGUGAAAUGGAUUUAGCUGAAGAUGUAGAUGGAGGGAAACGUCUUUCAUCGACAACGGCCAAGCCUAAGGAGGUGAUAAUCGAAUACGGCCCUCGAGCGGACACAGAAGCCCUGCCGGAGCCCUACGUGGAGCUGGAAACUUACAUGAAGGAUAAUAUCAACCAUGCGUUGGAUUUUAUUAAUGAACAUAGGUAUGACCCCGCCGAAAUAUACGGUGAUGAUUUGUAUGACGAAUUCAAGGAUAUUCCAGACCCCACGGCGGAGCCUAAGCAGAUUUUCAUGGAGUUCUUAUAUGUUUUAGAGAAAUUGGGUCCCUACGCAGCCGACAAGGCGGCCAUAUCUCUUCUAAUCAAGCUCGAGAAACUUAAAGUCAAGGUGCCUUACGAGAGACAUUUUUUAUUACUUUGCCUCUGUACGUCGGUCUUCGUCAAAAUAAGGUGCUACGCAGAUUUGAUGUUCUCUACGUGUACAUCUGACUGGGAAAAGAUAACAACCUUCUCGACGCCAAAAGUAUUGAGAUUGGCCGAGAUUCUAGAACAAUUCCCAUCACCGGAUACCCAGAAGAAUGAUGAAACAAAAAGUAUAGAAUCUGAGAAACGAAUAAAAGAAGAUAAUUCAGACAGUUCGGACAACGAAAGCAAAGUAUUAAACGAUAGCUCUAAAACGGAAACGAAUGCAUCCGAAGACGGUAAAGAGAACGUUACGGAGCCAGUAAAAUCGAAAAUAAGCGAUUUAUUGAACGUAAUCGAUAAAUGUGAUUUUGUUAGUUUGGGUGAUAAGAUUCAGGAAAAAGUUAAUAUGUUAGAAGCGAAUCUAAAAGACUAUCAGGAUUAUGAAUUUAAGAGUGAGAAACAAAGUGAUAUUAAUGUGUUUAGUAAAAGAAACUUUGUAGAUAGUGUUAAAAUAGGUUUCGGUAAGCGUUCCGGUCAUAGAACUAAAGGUCGCGGUAGGGUACCGAGGAGUAAUGCGGCGAAAAUACUCCAGAUGCAGCAAAAUCCGGACGCCUUGUGUGGCAUCGUCUUUAUGAAGGAACCUCUGAUGGCCAAGACUAUGUUUCUGAUGAUUGUGGACUUCUCCCGCAGUAAGCCGUCCCUUUCUCAGCUGUGCGGCCAGUACUGCGCUAAGGAGGCUUUGGGGGGGCAGAAGGAGGGGAAGAAACAGGAAGACGUACUUAAAAAGUUCCGUAUGCACGAGUGUAAUCUACUGCUGGCGACUUCUGUCCUGGAGGAGGGCAUCGACCUCCCGAAGUGUAAUCUCGUUGUUAGAUGGGAUGUACCGCCUUCGUACCGCUCGCACGGGCUGUGCCGCGGCCGCGCGCGCGCCGCCCGCGCGGCCGUGGCGCUGCUGGCGGCGGCGGGCCGCAGCGCCGGCCUGGCGCGCGCGCUGGCCGUGUACCGCGAGCUGGACCAGCUAAUAUCAAGAAAAUGUGGCUGUGGGAUUCAAAAUGAACCACCUUUAGAAGAGGAAUGCCACGCAGACGCCAUAUCAACGAUAGUUAAGUCAUACACGCCCCUACAACAAAACUCAUACAAACAAAUGCGAACCGAAAAGAACGAUAUGAACGAAGCGUUCGAUAAUGUCGAUAAUCGAACGAGUGAUAUAAAUGUAAUAAUGAAUAAUGAUAAUUAUAUAACCAAAGAUGACAUUGAAUUAAAUAAUGAAUUAAUCAAUGAUAAUGUUAGUAAUGAAAUUAAUGAGGAUAUAGAGAAUAGAGAAUUAGAUGAAAUAGAAGAAUGUGUUAAAGAUGGAGAUACAGUAAGAGUUGUGGGCGAGGAUGGUAAGGAGAGUCGCAAAAUAUUAGAUUUUAGAGAGACAGAUUGUGACGGCUUAAAUAGUUUUAAUUUGAAAUAUGAAUAUAAAGUUGGCGAUAAGAAAAAUGAAGAGCCGGCGUUUGUUGAUUUGAAUUCGGCCAUCGCUCUUAUAAACCGGUAUUGCGGUAAACUACCCUCGGACACGUUCACCAGGCUGACGCCCCAGUGGUGGAUGGAGCAGGUUCGGAUACGGGAUAGGAGAGGGGAUAUGAAGACGGCGUAUAUCUGUACUUUGCGGAUGCCCUUGAACUGCCCCAUCAAGUAUAAUAUUGUUGGUCACCCGAUGCCCACCCGAGUGCUUGCAAGACGUAUGGUGGCUCUGCAGGCGUGUCGGAUACUACACAAGUCUGGAGAACUGGACGAUCAACUCAUGCCUAUAGGCAAGGAGAACUUCAAGGCUCCGGAGCUGGACGGGGGCGCGGAGGCCCUGGAGGCGGCGCUGGCGCGCCCGGGGACCACCAAGCGGAGGCAGUACUACUACAAACGGACAGCGUGGGCGCUCACGAACUGUCAGCCGGUAAUAGACUGUACGGACGAGGAUAUAGCGAGGAAUCCGACUUUGGACGCUACAGCUACGCAGGAACUUAAAAAAGCCCCAAGUGCGAACCUGCUGUACUCCAUAGUGUCGUCGCUAUGCUGCGCCCUGCCGGAGCGAUACAACACUCGCGGCAGGAGACUGCACGCGCCGCAGCUGGCCAGCCAGGCCAUCGGCGUGCUCAUGGCGAGGCGGGACCCCCACCAGCUGCAAAUUCCCGCGUUCCCGGUGUACACCCGGUCGGGGGAGGUUCGAGUCUCGGUGGAGGCGGCCCUGGAGGCGGACGUGCGCCUGUCUCCACUGCGAGUUCAACUUAUACAUAGGUUUAUGCGUUUCGUGUUCUCUGAUGUAUUACGCGUGAGACGACGCGGUAUGCAGUUGGAGCCGGACGCGUCCAAUCGGAACAACUACUACGUCGUGCCCACUGUUAAAAAGACAAGGGAAGACGGUACAACAUGGACAGACAUAGACUGGCCUUUCCUAGAACUGAUAUACAGACACACGGAAGAGAAGAGCACGGAGACCGAGGCGCCGAUAAUAUGGGAGGAGGGAGACAAGAAGAAGGAUAAAGAAGAGAAAGUUAAGAAAAUGGAGAAUCCUCUGCUGAAGCCCGGCGAAGUGUUUGUUUUCGAUGCGGAGAAGUACAAGGAAGCGGUCGUUACACCUUGGUAUAGGAAUCAGGAUCAGCCGCAGUUCUUCCUAGUGGCGGAGAUAUGCUGGCAAUUGACACCUGACUCCGAGUUCCCUUCAGCACAGCACGAGAGCUUCCGGUCGUACUAUCGAGCCAAGUACGGCGCGGAGCUCACUCAGGCCGACCAGCCGCUGCUGGACGUCGACCACACCAGCGCCAGGCUUAACUUGCUGACGCCGCGGUACGUGAACCGCAAGGGCGUGGCGCUGCCGGUGUCGUCGGAGCGGACUCGGCGUGCUAAACGCGACCGGCUGGACCAGAAGCAGAUCCUGGUGCCGGAGCUGUGCCGCGUGCACCCCUUCGCCGCGCCGCUCUGGUUCGCCACCGUGGCGCUGCCCUGCGUGCUCUACAGAAUAAACGCUCUCCUCAUAGCGGAUGAGAUCCGUCGCGCGGUGGCGAUUGACGUCGGGCUGGGGAUUCCCCGGAUCGACGACGACACGUGUCCGGGCUUCCGGUGGCCUCCGCUCGACUUCGGUUGGAGUCUCGCUGAGGUACUAAACGCAGAUGAAAAGGGAGAUGCGAAAAAAGAUGACAAAAAUGAAACAAAAGUUAAAGAUAAUGACGAACAAAGCGAAGUUGAGGAUAAAGAGGGAACGGGAGGUAAAAAAGACACUGAGGGAAAAGAAGACCCCGAAGACGAAGAUAAUGAGAAGACGGAAGUUAAAGAGAAGACGAUUAACGAUAUUCUGCAAGAGAAAGAAGACGCGGAAAGCGGGUUUGAGAUCGGUACGUGGAGCAACGACAUGGCUUCCUCCAUACCCAAUGACGAGGAAUUCGACGAGUUCAUGGAACCGCUACCGCCUAACCUCACCUUCUGUACUUCUUCCUCUGGUGGAGCCAACUGGUCAGAGCCAAUCGAGAAACCGAAGAGUCAAUUCAAUCCGAGCAGGGCGUUUUCAAUGGCGGACAGCGAUUGUUCCUACAUGUCGAGUGACUUCGACACUGACGACUCUGAUAUGACCGAUGGUAGCGACGAUGACACAGACCACGGCGGGUUCUUUAGAAAUCGAAACUCUAACGCUGCAAUGGGUGUUCGUAUAGAAUACAAGACGGCUCACGAAGCGGAAGCCGUGGAUUUAGAGCGACGUAAGCCCAUAGCGCCCGCCCCUCAACCGGAUAAACUUGAUGAUGACAGGGAUCUGGAGCUGUUUAAGAGUAUUUUGAAGGAAGGGAAGCCGCCGGAUGAGUACGUGGCGAAAUUCCGCGAGUCCGUCGAGAGACACAAAAAAGAUAUAAUCGAAAAUGGUCUAUUAAUACCAAAAGAUAAAAAAAUAGAAGAUCUCCUACCCGAACCCGCUAGAGACAUAGAUAAGAUAUUGAAAAAAGAGAAAGAACAAAUAUUCGAUGAAAUAUUUCCAUUUGGUGACGGUUUAGAACUGGACAAUGGUCAGAUAACACUGGAAUCGAUUGAAAGGAAUAAAAGAAAGUUACUUGCAAAACUAAAAGAGAAUCUUUCGAAAGAGGAUAUAAAGAAUUUGAAUUGUUUUUCUAUGAAAGAUAUAGAUAUAGACUCGCCGGAUUAUGUUAAUGAGAAAGUGGCUAAUGUUGGUUUCGAUUCGAAGGAAAAGUAUGAGAAAAUAGUAAAUUCGUGGGGCGAAAACAGUGAUUUUAAACCGUAUUACUUAGAUGGUAAGGGUCAGAAUGGAAAGGAGUUCGAUUUUGACUAUCAACCGAAUUUGGAGGGACAUCCAGGGCCGAGUCCUAGCGUUAUUUUACAGGCGCUGACAAUGUCGAACGCGAACGACGGUAUAAACCUCGAGAGGUUAGAGACGAUCGGUGAUAGUUUCUUGAAAUUCGCUAUAACAGCGUAUUUGUACUGCGCUCACCCCGCCGUCCAUGAAGGAAAGCUGUCUCACAUGAGGAGUAAACAGGUCUCUAACCUAAACCUCUACAGGCUAGGUCGAAACAAACGCCUAGGCGCGAGAAUGAUCGCGUCCAAAUUCGAACCCCACGACAACUGGCUGCCACCUUGUCACCAACCACCACCCACAUUACAGCACACUGCCACUGAUGAUACAAAAGAACCACCGACAGACGUUCCAGUGGACAGCUCGGGAUGUUUCAUACCGUAUAACCUCAUCACCCAGCACAGCAUACCAGAUAAAUCAAUAGCCGACUGUGUAGAAGCGCUGAUAGGCGCAUAUUUGUUAGAAUGUGGCCCUCGGGGCGCCCUUCUCUUCAUGUCGUGGCUGGGUAUCAGGGUUUUACCCCGACAUGACUUACCGCUGUCCGACGACCACCCCUACGUCCGCAGAGCUAAGAUGGAGACAGAACGGGAGAGUAGAGUGAGUUUCGAGCGGCGCGCGCGGUCGGAGUCGUCCGGCUCGGAGGAGGACGAGCCCGGCGCGCCGCCGGCGGACUGGGGCUGGCCCGGCCGCGCCGUGGGCGCGCUGCGGCCCGCGCGCCGCCACGGGCGCUGGCGGCAGACUAUCUUCGGUGAGCUGAAAGCGCCUCCAUCACCUUUAUUGAGAUACAUCGAAGACCCCGAGGGAGAACUGGAGCAAAUGCUUUCUGGUUACGACGCCCUAGAACGAACGCUCCAGUACCGUUUCCGAGACAGAUCUCUCCUACUCCAAGCUUUGACGCACGCCUCCCACCAGAAAAACAGACUGACAGACUGCUAUCAAAGAUUGGAAUUCCUCGGCGACGCUAUUCUUGACUACCUGAUCACGCGCCACCUGUUCUGCGACCCGCGCCGCCACUCGCCGGGCGCGCUCACGGACCUGCGCUCGGCGCUCGUCAACAACACCAUCUUCGCCACGCUCGCCGCGCGCCACGGCUUCCACAAGUACUUUAGACACAUGUCGCCUGGUUUGAACGAAGUUUUAACUAAAUACGUGAAAAUACAGGAAGAGAACGGGCAUUCUAUUAGCGAAGAGCAUUACUUAAUCCAGGAAGAUGAAAUGGAACAGGCCGAAGACGUCGAGGUCCCGAAGGCUCUGGGUGAUCUGUUUGAAUCCGUCGCGGGAGCUAUAUUCUUGGAUUCAGGCAUGUCGCUGUGCGCCGUGUGGCGCUCGGCGGGCGCGCUGCUGAGCGCGGAGCUGGACGCCUUCAGCGCUGCAGCGCCCAAGUCGCCCGUGCGCGAGCUGCUGGAGGCCGAGCCCGACACCGCCAAGUUCGGUAAACCGGAACGGCUAGCAGACGGUCGUCGUGUUCGAGUCUGCGUUGAAGUAUUCGGAAGGGGCUCGUUCAAGGGCAUAGGAAGGAACUACCGCAUCGCAAAGGGCACAGCAGCGAGAUGCGCUUUAAGACAUCUACGGAUCCACAAACCACGAUAAAUUAAAA